CAUUUCCCAUCUUCAUAGUGUGAGUGAGUCUCAGAGAGAGAGAGAGAAGCGUCGGAGCUUGGCCGAGAGAACCACAAAUCUGACCGUGAACGAUGUUCCUCCGAGCGAUCGCACGGCCGCUGAUGGCCAGGGUGAAGCAGACGACGGGGAUCGUAGGGCUGGACGUGGUCCCCAACGCAAGGGAGGUACUGAUCGAGCUCUACUCCAAAACCCUAAAGGAGAUCCAGGCCGUCCCCGAGGACGAAGGCUACCGCAAAGCCGUCGAGAGCUUCACUCGGCAGCGCCUCCAGGUCUGCCGCGAAGAGGAGGACUGGGAGGCCAUCGAGAAGAGGCUCGGCUGCGGCCAGGUCGAGGAGCUCAUCGAGGAGGCGCGUGACGAGCUCACGCUCAUCGGAAAGAUGAUCGAGUGGGAUCCAUGGGGUGUUCCUGAUGAUUACGAGUGUGAGGUGAUCGAGAAUGAUGCUCCAGUCCCCAAACACGUGCCUAUUCACCGACCUGGCCCUCUUCCUGAGGAGUUUUACAAAACUCUGCGGGGUCUUGGUUCAGACCAAACAAAGUUGGAUGAGGCUAAGGCCACCUCAAUUGACUCUGAAUCAAAGGCAUAAGGGUCUGCUGUUUCUGUUUUGAAGAACUGUAGAUUCCAAAUUUGAAUUUUUAUCUUUCUUUUGGAACUCUCCUGCUUAUCUUUGAUUACAAUGGGUUUGUUUGUAGAUUUAAAUUAUGGGAGAGAGAGGCUUGAAUAUUUAAUAAUCUACACUUGUGUUGUUUGUAGUAACAAUGUUGUAUUCUCAA